GGGAAUUGGAGAGGUCCCUCGUUCCGAGUAUAAGUGAUAAGCAUUUCCGACACAACAAUCAGCGACGACCAGGUAUAACAAUUAGCAUUAACCGACAAGACAUAUCAAAUAGUAUGUCUGAAGUUUUGUGUAAUUUCAUGACGUGCUCUUAUCUGGUAAAUAAUCAUAUGACUUGUGUGAUAGGUUUAUGUUGUCGACGGUAAAUUUGAUUGACAUUACCGUGAACUAAUCUGUAAAAUAUUAUACAACACCAGUUUUGUUUACUUGGCAGUUUCACUUUGCAUUAGCUAUACUUCAAAGUAAUAUUAAGAUUUAACAUCAGUCGUAUGACCCCCGAGCUUGGAUAAAAUCAGAGAUAACCACAAUUCCUAAUAAACGUGUAUUCUUGAAUUUACGAUUAUUAAACGACAGUUUUACUAAAUUAAUGACAAAUUGGGUGGAGAAAGCUACAAUAAAUGUUCAGCUAAGUUAUAUGCCCUAUUUCACAACCAACUGAUCGUUAUGACCUAAAAUAAGAAUACAUUUCCUAAUUCCACUUCAUCCACAUUCACUUGCCAAUUUGGCUUCUAUGGAACUAGUUGCAUCAAGCAUACAAUUAAGCAUGUAUGUCACUGAAUAUCAUCUCAUCUGGUUAGAAAGGGAUACUAGUUAAGGUCAGUUGAAUGUUUUAGACUGGUCCAUCUAACUGUUAUAUGGGUCAUCAAGUGAGUACAAAUAAUACAUUUCGAAUAAUCCACUGGAUAAUUUCGUUUUAUCCAGUCGAAUGUGGGAAUCAACACCUAAACGUUCUCAUUUGACUAUAUUUAUUCUUACAGUAAUUUAGUGUCUAGUGAAAUGUCUGUUCAUUUUAUAUAACGAACUAAGUGGGAAAAAACACCUUAUUUAAGAUGUUUGUUUAAAUCUUUGCGAAAUACAUUAUUUCGCGAAACUUUGAAUAGAAUCAACCAAAAUGGGAAUUUUCUAAACCAUCAUUUUGAACUUUUUAAACUGCUUAUCUAAAGUUAAAUUCAAGAUAGUAAGACCUCCUAUCCUUAGUAUAGUUGGUCGUUACAAAUAUUUCACUAUUGUAUUUCACACCGAUAUUCCUAUAAAAUACAUCUUACUACUACAUUCACCUAGCUGUCAUAUACUUACAGAUUACCAUGCAACUAGUUUGGACUACUUAACAGACACGUUGACGCACUACCCACAACAGUAUUAUUACGAAUUAUUCAUCCUACUGAAUAUAUGUUAUGGAUGCUAGAUCCCCAGAAAUCACUUGAUAAACGUCGUAUUUUUGUAAUUUCAAAUUUCUUAUUUUUGCGCCAAAAGCGCUCAUUUUUAUCUUCAGAUUGUAUUUCCCAUUUUAAAGGAUCCUAAAUGCCGUUGGUUCGUCCCCUAUUUUAAUGUGCUAUUUUGUGACAUUCCCCAAGGACAUUUUUAUGCUGUAUUUAUGCGCUUGAGCUGUGUGCUUGUUGUUCAUAUUUCUGGCUGCUUGUUGAAUAUACCUUUCCUUCAUCGGAACCGGGUAUUUGGGUUAGUGGGGCUGGGACACAUCGGAAUAGUUAAGCUUGUCUUGUCGUUGUGUCUCUAAUCCUUCGUUCCGUUCGCCGAUUUAGGUGAUCUUGUAAUCUCUCCAAACAUAGCAAUAUACUAAUGGCAAAAAAUGAAUGAACAAUGAAGAUUGUCUUCCUCACUGUUAAUGUGAUGUCGCAAGGAAAUACGGAUAGAUAUUUGAAGAGCAAUCAUUAAAAAGCUAAGUUUGAUGCUGUCAUUAUUUUAACACUUUCGUUAUUGAUAUGGUUAAUCUCCUGUCUUGCUAUACUGAUGUGGUGUGGUGAAUUCGAAUUAUUAAACGUUUGUGUCAGAUCUUAUACCGAUCAUGACUAUCUGAAAUUUGUAUCUUUGCACAUAGUGUUUAAAUCUAGAAGUAACAACCGGUCAUGAUUAAAUUAUUAAACAAUUUACCAUGUCUUUGAUAUCCACACAAAUAAUUGAUCUGUAACCAAUAAAGUGUGAUAAUUUACGAUCGUAAACAUUUAGCCUCUUGUAGUUAUUUCACUAAUACUCUUGUUAUUUUCAUUAACGUUUUUUUUAAACAAUUAGGUUGAUAAGUGUUGUAAACAUUUAGAAUUUAUAUAUAAGAAAUAUGAAGAACGCUUGGAACACAUGAAUGCGUUGCAAAGUAUACUAGAAGGUGCAGAAAUUUAUUAUAAUGUACAAUUGAAAGAAGUUGCUGUCGUUGUGAAUGCCUAUGGUACGUACGGAAAACGUGUUACAAAGACACUUUCUCAACUGCAUGAUUUAAUCCAUAUGGAUCAUACUUCAUCAUCGUCAUCACCAUCUAGAACUACUACUACUACGUGUCAACCUGAUCAUAAUAAACAGUCAACAAAAUACAACAGAGAGAACUGUUUAAAUGAAUCAUUUUAUGCAGGUGAUGAAUAUUAUGAAGAUUUAAAUGAUGGAUUUACUCAUCACGAUGACGACGAUGAUAAUGAUGGUGUUGGCGUCGACUUGGAAUACCAUGAAGAUAUCGAUGUUAAUAAAGAAGACGGUAGUAUCAACAAUAAUGACAAAACUGAAAAAUUGAACACAAAACUGUUAAAUAAAAAAGAUAUCGAAUAUUCUUCUGACAUCAUUAAUAAUCAAUCACCGAUUGAUAUAUCCUCAAAAGUAAUCACAGAUAGUUUAACUAAUCGAAUCAAUAAUCAAUCAUCAAAUAUUUUCAAUUUACUUGUUAAAUCAAAUAAUUCUACUACAAUUGGUAAAGAAUGUGAUUCCAAGUCAUCAAUGAAUCAGUCCCAAACAUUUCAAUCAAUGUGUAAGCCAACACCAUUUGGUUUUCCUAUUUUUCAACCAGUUUGUGAUGCUUCCGGUGAUGUAGAUUAUCGAGUAUUAUUAAAUCCAACAUUACCUAAUUUAGUUAAAACUAAUGAUGAUAAUAAUUCCAGACCGGAAAUGAUCCCAACUUCAAAAUUACAAGAUCCAAUAGUUACCAAUCCUUCAGAAGUUAACCCUAUUAACUCUUUAUCCAGUAUGCCUAAAAUGAAUCCUCAUGACACUUCCGUUGUUGUUAAUGCCAACAAUUAUUCGCAUAAAUUUAAAAGUUUACAUAAAACUGUUUAUUCAACUUGUACCAGUUCAAAUACUCAGAAUAAUAAAGAUACUGUCAGUGAUUAUCAUCAUCAACAACAACAUGGUCAUGAUAAGACGAUAAAUAAAACAAGUCAUACCGCUGUUGAUGAUGAAGAAGAUAAUAUGGAAGUAUCAGAUGGCGAAGAACCUUCUGAUAUAACAAAUCAAAGUAUACUGGAUAAAAAAGUAAAUCCAAAUGAUCAGUCUGAUGUAUGCUCACAACAAGAUAAAGAUUGGCGUAUAUUUACUGAAGUGAAAUGUAAUGUAAUGAAACCAAUAAACUGCCUAACUGGAACAGCAUCUGAUAAUAAUCCUACAACUCCUACUAUUUCGCCCAACAAUCCAGUAUUACGUUUGACUGUGCCAUCUGAAUCUUUUAUGCAACCAACUCCACCACGACCGCCUACGUCUGUACGUAUUCCUCCUCCUCCGGCGCCUCCACCAUUUGUUGUUGGGGGAUUAGAUAGUCAACAUUCUUUCAGUCCACCACCUCCUCUUCCUUCAACAUUGAAUGAAUUAGCUUAUCAGCAGCACCAUAUAGUACUUGUGGCCAAAUCCGACUCAUUCAUUCCACAACCUCCAGCACCACCACCAAUGUUAUUGAAUUUGAAACAGAUCAAUACGACUAUUACUAGUAGUGCUAGUAGCAACAGUAGUAGUGAAUUGACAAAAUCUUCUGAACAAUCAUCUGUCAAUUCUUGUGAAAUUAUCCAGUCGGAAAAAUUAUCCGCUAUUGAUAUAUUAAAAAAUCUAUGUCAAUCAUCAUCUUUACAAUCGUCAAAAUCAUCUUCCUCCUCAUCGUCGUCGUCAUCAUCAUCGUCAUCAUUCAAUUUUUCUUCUAAUGUUAUGACAACAUCAAUUUCUUCAUUUAUUUCUCCUUUUUCAUCUAUACCACUGUCAAUAUCCACAUCAUCAUCAUCAUUAUCUACUAAGAAUGAUAUUACUUCUUCAUUGUCUAAUAGUAAUAUCCCAUUAUUAUCACCUAAUAAUGUUCAACAAGAUAUAAUAAUGAAUUCAUUAAAUUCUAUUAAAAAUCUACCCAUUUCAACUUCUUCUUCAUCAUCAUCAUCUUAUGAGACAAAUAUUCAUCAGAAUGUAAAUAAGAAAAUGAUAGAAGAUCCAUUUGCUGUUAUUUCUCGUUUAACUGGACUAUCAAAUUUAAUGAAAAACAUCCCAGCACAAUCGAAUCCUAUUACACUGUCAGUUACUUCCCCUGUUCCAUCCAGUAACCCUGUUCUGGAAUCUUUUCAUGAUACAAUUAUUUCUACUGGUACUACUAUCACAACAACAACAACCACUGCUGCCACUGAUUUAUGUUGGAAAACUAACCACCUAAUGAAUGAUCCAUUGUUAUUGUCAUCUACCAAUAAUGAUUUUAAAUCAAUAGAUUGCGUUCAAGAAGCAAUAACGACCAAUGCAACAAUAACAACAACAACAACGAAUGUUUCCAAUAAUUCAUAUAUUCCAUGUGUCAAACGAUCCAGAUUUUCGGAUGCUAUCAAUAUUGAAGAUAACAGUAAAACAACUGUUCCAUCAUCAACCACCAAUGCAUUAUCCACUACUAAUGUGACUAUUUUAUCUUGUACUACCCCUACAACGACAACGACUAUCUCAUCAUCGUCUACCAGUUCUGAUCUACUACGUUGUUCGAUCGAUAAAAAAUCAUCAUCAUCAUCAUCAUCUGUUUCUAAAACUUCAAUAAAUAAUGACAAUGAAGAACAAUCGAAAUUCUCUGAUCUUGAUAAAAUUAACUCGAUGAAUAGUAGUAAUGAUAGUGAUAGUUCUCUAGGCGGUGGUGAUACACCUACUUUAGAUGAAAGACAAGAUGAUUUAUUAUCGGGUAAUAAUGAUAAAGAUCAAUCUCUGAUAUCAUUUCAUCCGUUUGGUACGCCAGCAUCAAGUUUAGCGGAUUUUUUAAUUCCCAAUUCAUGUCAUGGAACGGAUCCAAAAUCUUUUCUGUCAAAUAUUCCUCAUAGUAUCGUUUCACAGACUUCAAUUACUCCUUCUCCUAUUCCAUCAUUAACAUCUGGAUAUAGAUUACCAUUUUGUAAUCUUUCAAAUUCUAUGAACAAUACUACUUCAAUUCCUGUUGUCAAUUCAAUGAAUAUACCUUCAACACAAUUAUCAAUGAUUCAACCAACUGUACUAACAGCGAAUAAUAAUCCUAAUUUGCCUAUAACGAAUUCACAGGUAGCUCCUGGACUAACUCAUUCAAAUAUGAUGUUUUAUGAUCCAAUAACAAGAAUGCCUAUUACUCCUAGAUCAUUAGUACCUGGACCUUUUAUGAUCUCACCUCAGCAAACACGUUCAAUAGCAACAGUUCCAGCACAGAAUAAUUUACAAUUACCAACUACACUAUUUCGUGGACAGAAUUGGUCACAAUCGUUAGUCAAUCAAACAACAUCGUUACAACGUCCUCCAUGUAAUGAUUUUUGGGCACUGAUGAGUACAGUUCCCCCACCUCCUCCUCCUCCACCUCCACCACCACCACAACAACAACCAUCAACUUUAUCCCAACCGUCUACACUUUCACCAUUUAAUCCAACUCAAAUACGUCAACCAUUAAUUGGAGGAAUGUUGCUUAAUCCAAAUGCAUGGAUGUUCUCUUCAACUAAUCGAGAUCAAAAAAAAUAAUAGGAAUUACAUCGGAUAGUACUUCCCAUCUUCAUUCUGUUGUUUAUAUAUAUUUAUAUCUUCUUUGGAUUAUCCAUUCAAAAAAUAUAAAAUACAUUAUACUUUACGUAUCAUUAUUUUCAAUGCUGUACAGGAAAACAAUUCAUAUUGAGAAUCAGAUUCUAAACAAAAUAAUUUACAUCAUUAACUACUACUACCACUACUACUACCAUAGUCUCAAUAAUUCCUAAUUAUGAUUGACCAUAACUAACAAAUGUAUAUUUUGAUGAUUGUGUUCUUUUUCUUUUUCUUAACCAAAAACAAAUUAUCUAAUCUUAGUUUUAAAAUAAUACAUGUAUAUGAGAUGAAUAGGGGUAUGUAUUUGUGUGUCUGUCUGUCUGUUUGUAUCCAUGUGAGAUAAUCAAUUUCACUUGGAAUUUUAAAUAGUUUCCUACUUAAAAGUCCACUUUUUUUUAAAAAAACAAAAAGAGGCAAACAAUAUAUAUGAAUGAAUAUAAAUAUAUGUGUGUGUUUAUGAUUGAACACUUUCACAUGUUUUUUAUUUUCUCCUUGUACAUUGUCAAAGCUUUUAAAAUGUAUUUUAUAUGAUGUGA